AUGACUUCAGUCAUGAACAUCGACGGUCACCAAUUACGUCCUGCCCAUCAAGAUCAGGGUGAAAUGGAGAGUAAAUUGGAGAGUAGCGAAAGUGCAUGUGGGAAUCAUGGUGGGAUUUGUGCCAUAUGCUUGGAUAAGAUUGUGCUUCAGGAAACUGCUCUUGUUAAAGGUUGCGAGCAUGCUUAUUGUGUGACAUGCAUCCUUCGAUGGGCCACGUACAGUAAGAACCCAACUUGUCCUCAGUGCAAACAUCCAUUUGAGUUUCUCAAUGUUCACAGAUCUCUCGAUGGCAGCAUCCAAGAUUACAUGUUUGAGGAAAGUGUGUGCCUUCUUCUUCGAGCUGCAUGGUUCAUGCCUUUGACUGUGGAGGAUCAUGAAGAUGGUUGUGAAGAUCCAGAGGAUUAUUAUCCAUAUGAAUACGAGGAUGAGGAUGAUGAUCUAGAUGAAGUGUACUUGAGCAGUUCAUCCAAUCUUCGCAUUGGAAAUCGGAGGUGGGGUGAUAAUGGCUAUGUUAGGGCAGGGCGUCAAGAAGCGAGGCCAGUGUAUCGAGCAAAUUUCGAGGACUCAGGGGAGGGAUCUUCACGUGGACCUAAGAAGAAAGAAGCUGCAAAAGAUAGAACAGGGAGACGGGCAAAGAGGACGCUCAAGCGCGAAGCAGCUGACAAGGCUGCUGCGGCAAAACACCAGCAGCAUUUGGCUAGGUUGGGCCGGAAGUGA